AUGGAUAAGAAUUACUUUUGUUCCAACCAAGGAGGGGGUGAUCUACGAAUACUUCCAACUCUAUGUGAAAUUUUUCAAGAAAAUAUGCAAGAUGUUACUGGCAUAGGCCAUCCACCUUACUCACAGAAUAUGGUAGACUAUGCCUAUGAAGUAAUUCAACAAGAUGACGGGCAGUGUCCACCUCAAACGACAAACUUAAUGAACCAGUUCCCCCACUACCAUAACAGCCCUACACAGCCUAAUGCUUACUACACAAUGAAUAGUGGACAGCCAUGGAUACAACCACUAAACCACUACCAUAACAGCCCUACACAGCCUAAUGCUUACUACACAAUGGAUUCUGGACAGCGAUGGAUACCACCACUAAACCAAAAUCAAACACCUGACUACCUAAACCACGUAUGUCAAGUAUGUCCCCAUCAAGCCGUCAGUCCUACAAGUACCAUAUCCAGUGCUGAAAGCUGCACCCCUGCAAGUACUAUAUCACAGGGGUCCACUGAAAGAGUAGUCUCAGAUGUUGAG